AUGAGCCGAAUGCCUCAUCCUCAGAAUACUGUCAUGAAUUAUGGCCAAUUUAUGAAUCAACAGAUUCCUCAGCGUGCAUCUAGUGUGCAACCUGUUUCCAACAAAGGAAAAACUCUUGACAUAAUCGACCCCGCUACAAAACAAAGGGUUGAUUUAGAAAAUAUUAAUUCGCGCAAAGCUCAGACUCCUGAGACUGAAUCUACUCCAGCAGCAACUGCCUCUGUACCCAUUACAAUUAAGACUCCUCCUCCAGCAUCAAGUGAAGGCGAACCCAAACUUGAAGCCAUAGAACAGAAACAGGAAUCUCCUCACCAGAGUGUUGGAUUUACUAUUGACUCUGACGGAGAUGAGUGUUCUUCACGGGAUGCAACUGAGAAAGAUGAUGAGGACGACAAGUCUAGUUCCCGAGUUUCUCCAUCUCCCUUACAGGAAGUUUCUGAAGCAUCAGCUGCUAGUGAGUAUGUAAAUAGCCAAAAGGAACAGUCUGACACAGAAUCUCAAAACGAAGAAUCGGAUAUGCCCCCUCCUUCCCCUCCUAACGGUUCGCAAAUGACUGAGUCUUUCUCUACAGGAAAUAUUCAGAAAUAUAAUCGUGAACAGCUUAUUUCUAUUCGGAGUGCUACAGACUUUAAUGCAAUGCCUAUGCCACCCUUAUCGUCUCACGCCACUAUCGGAUGUAAUCAAGGGAAGUCACGCGGAGGUCGUAAACCAAUGAACAACGCUGGCCAAAAGCGAAUUCUCAACUUCAACACUAAUGUUAAGCUUGAUGAAGUUAAUAAUGCUUAUGUGCCGUCACAAUUUGCAAAGCAUGACAAGAAAGAAGAGGAUGGAGAAAAUAAAGAGGAGCUGAGAAAAAACAUCAUGUUUACUCUCAAUCAUGCAACAGGUGCUGGUGUUGGCUAUUGCGUUGAGGAAAUUAAGAAGCUCAACAUUAAGUCAGAAGAAAACGUGGAUAUGUUAGUUGGUAUUCUUGUAAACAAGUGUCGCGAUCGUAAUUUCCGUGAGCCUUAUGCAAAAUUAAUCAAGGCUCUUAUGGAACUCAAAAUUGCAGGAUUUGGGGAGAAGCUACUUAAGAAAUUCCAUGAUCAUGUUUCUACACCGCUUGCUAGCUAUAUUAAGGAAUGCAAUGCUGGUAUUGAUAAAAAAAUUGCCGAAUCGAAAGAUGAUAAGGUCAAGAAGAUGUUCGAGGAAGAUCGGGAAUCAACACUUGUCAAAAGCCGAGAUCAGUUUCUUUCUAUUGUUGAAUUUUUCAGUUAUCUCGGCGCUGUUGAAGUUGUACCAUUUAAGACAUAUCAAGAUGCUCUCAAAAAUUUCUUAAAACCUAAAUCCCAGGAUGAAGUGACUGAACUUAUUGCGUGUCUCAAAAUCUCUGGAGAAUGGUUGGAAAAGAAGAAUAUUAGCUUUUUCAAAACUUGCAUGAAUGCUUUGGAUAAUUGUACAAAAACGAUAAAGAUAGAAUCUCAUGUUCGCUUUAGUAUUGAUGAUCUAAAGGAAUUACGAGCCAGAGGCUGGAAAAAACAGGUGCCUGUUCAAUACCAGUCUGGCUCUUCCCAAACACAACAACAAAAUACCUACGGUAGAAGAAUUUCUACUACAAAUCGUCCCCCUAUACAGCAGCAGCAGCAGCAGUCUUCGAAUAGAGUUAAUGAUGCGCGAACAACAAUUGACGCCACUAACCUCACUAUGUCAGGUUCCGGCUCACGUCAAAAUUUCCUUGGGCCACCAAGAGUUUGGUCUCAAGGUAGCAAUGCUCACCGAAGGUCUAAUGCCCCUGACGCUAUUUCAAGGACAAAUAGUAACACGAACAGACAACGGACACAGGCUUCCGCUAGUGCUGUCGUUACUUCUCAACCUGCUGUCAACACAGAGGGUAUACAAAUUGACGAACGUCUUACUGUUUCGGGCGCUAGGCGAGAUUUCAUCGAUGUUUUCUCUAAUUCGGAAAAUCCUGAUAUCGAUCUUCAAUUGAAGGAUGAGUUGAAGCCUGAAUUUGUCCAAUCUUGCCUUUGUUUAGCUAUCGAAGCUAAGGCUUCUGAGCGUGCUAUGCUUGUAAAUAUUCUCACUCAUAUCUGCUCUAAGAAUCAACUUACUUUUGAACAAUUGGCUAAAGGCUUUGAGGAUUCCAUACAAUUUGCUUUAGAACAAGAUCUCCCCAAAGUUGGUGAAUACUUCGGUGAACUCAUGAGUGCAGCGAUUACUCCAAAAUUCGUGAACUUUUCAAAGUUAGCUGAGGAGUUUAAUAAGCUGGAAGAAGAUAGCUACAAAAGGGAAGCUCUUGCCCGAUGCGCUAAGGUGGCUUCCGGGCGUAUUGGUGAAAACGAGGUAGCUAAGGAGUUAGGCAAGACCUUAGCUGCUGGCCUGCCUUGGGGAGAUGAUCAGUAUUUUAAGAAACCUGAUUUCCUGAAACGUUAUGGGCUGGAAUUCAUUACUAAUGUUGCUCCGGCUCCUGCAUCCGUUGCUCCUACUACUUCAAAUCCAGCACCCGCAAAUGCUUGGCGUGACGCUAAACCCAACACUCAAAGGGGUGCUGGUGACCCAGCUGUGAUUGAACAAAUCAAUGAUUGCCUGCGAAACAAGAAUUACGCCAACUUGGUGUCUCUUUGCUCUCAAUAUAGCAAGUCAAAGGGCUCGGAAAAGUACCUUAAACAAAUACUUACGAGUAGCCGAGGAAGCAAGGCCAUUGAGCCUCUUUUACCAGCUGUUAAAUUAUUUAUUGAGCACGAGAAUGAGAAAAAAUUUCUUUCCUCUUUGCAAUCUUACGUUGAUAAGAAUACCCUUGGACUUUGGCAUCAAGCCCUUAUCCAGAAUAAACUGAUCAGCUCUGAAGCCUUGAACUCCCAUAUUAACAAAAAACCUGUAUAA